GCACGCACGCGCCAACGCACGCACACAUUAGGAAACUUGAGCAAACUGUUUCCUUCUUUUCUUUUUUUUCUGUGCAGUCAGAGGUUUGCUAUAAAAGCCUGAGCUGCCUCCCGGAUACUCUGCUGACCUGGAGACCCCCUCCCCUCAAAGUCAAACAUGAAGCCUCUCCUCCUACUGGCGCUGCUCGGCUGCAUCGCCUCGGUGUUCGCGGCCCCUGCUGAAAAGGUGAGAUGGUGCGUCAAGUCCGACCAAGAAUUACUGAAAUGUCGGCAGCUCGCAGCCAAAGCUCCUGCUUUCUCCUGCGUGAAGAAAGAAAGCACCAUCGACUGCAUCAUUGCAAUUAAGGCUACUGAAGCAGAUGCCAUCACUUUGGACGGUGGCGACAUCUACACAGCUGGACUGCACAACUACGACCUGCAGCCCAUUAUUGCUGAGGACUACGGUCCCUCUUCGGACACCUGUUACUAUGCCGUUGCCGUGGUGAAGAAGGGCACUGGAUUUGGCCUCAGAGACCUCCAGGGAAAGAAAUCCUGCCACACUGGCUUGGGAAAAUCUGCAGGCUGGAACAUGCCAAUAGGAACUCUGGUGUCCUUGGGUAUACUGCAAUGGGCAGGCGUUGAGGACAAACCAGUGGAGGAGGCGGUGAGCAGCUUCUUCCAGGCCAGCUGCGCCCCGGGGGCCACAAGAGGCUCCAAAUUGUGCCAACUGUGCAAGGGAGACUGCUCCAGGUCCCACAAGGAGCCUUACUAUGACUACGGCGGUGCCUUCCAGUGCCUGGUAGAAGACGCUGGAGAGGUGGCUUUUGUGAAGCAUCUCACUGUACCUGAGUCUGAAAAGGCCCACUACGAGCUGCUGUGCAAGGAUGGCACCAGAGCACCCAUCGACAGCUACAGCACCUGCCACCUGGCCAAAGUACCAGCUCAUGCUGUUGUCACCCGCAAGGAUCAACAGCUGGCCGAUUUAAUCUGGACAAGCCUCAGCUCAGUGGAGGGCUUUGACCUCUUCUCAUCUGCCGACUAUGCGCCUGCCAAGAACCUGAUUUUCAAGGACUCAACUGUGAAGCUGGUGCAGCUGCCCCCAGGCACAGACUCCUUCCUGUAUUUGGGUGCCGAUUACAUGAGCGUUGUCCGUUCCCUCAAGAAAGAGCAGACCCCAGGCGCUUCAUCCUCUGCCAUUAAAUGGUGCGCUGUGGGUCACGCUGAGACGGCAAAGUGUGACACGUGGAGUAUCAGCAGUAUGGGGGAAGACGGCACCGCCAUUGAAUGCCAGAGUGGCCCCUCAGUUGAAGAGUGUCUGAAGAAGAUUAUGCGUAAAGACGCUGAUGCAAUGGCAGUGGAUGGAGGACAAGUGUUCACAGCUGGGAAGUGCGGUCUGGUUCCUGCUAUGGUGGAGCAGUAUGAUCAAGCACAAUGCAGCGCCUCAAGCCCCGCUGCAGCUUCCUCUUACUAUGCUGUUGCUGUUGUGAAGAAGGGCUCGGGUGUGACUUGGGAAACCCUGCAGGGCAAGAGGUCUUGCCACACUGGCAUCGGCAGAACAGCUGGCUGGAACAUCCCCAUGGGUCUAAUCCACAAAAGGACUACAGACUGUGACUUCACUAAGUUCUUCAGUAGCGGCUGCGCCCCCGGAGCAGAACCCACCUCUCCAUUCUGUUCUCAGUGUGCCGGGAGUGGCAAAGCUGUGGGAGAUGAGUCCAAGUGCAAAGCCAGUGCUGACGAGCAGUACUACGGCUAUGCUGGGGCCUUUAGAUGUCUUGUUGAGGAUGCCGGCGAUGUUGCCUUCAUCAAACACACAAUCGUUCCAGAAAACAGUGAUGGUUCUGGUCCAGCAUGGGCUCGUGACGUGAAGUCAGCUGACUAUGAGCUGAUCUGCCCUGGGAAGGGUCCAGUUCCAAUCAGUGAAUACGCCUCUUGCUACCUGGCUAUCGUGCCAGCACAUGCUGUGGUAACACGUCCAGAAAGCCACAGUGACGUUGUCCGCAUUCUCCAGGACCAGCAGACCAAGUUUGGUAUCAGUGGCAGUGACGCUUCAUUCAGAAUGUUCCAGUCCGAUGGAGGAAAAAACCUCCUCUUCAAGGACUCCACUAAGUGUCUCCAGGUGAUUCAAGCUGGAACAUCAUAUGACCAGUUCUUGGGAGUUAUGUACAUGGACGCCAUGGGUUCGCUCAGGCAGUGCCCUGACACCGCCUCAGAUCUGGAGAAAUCUUGCACUUUCCAUUCCUGUCAGCAAAAAAAAUAGUGGGGCCCGUGGAGCACGUGGUGCCUGAGUCGGCCCUCAGUGGUUCGAGCACCUUACCCACACUUCCCACACUAGAUACAAAAAUUGCAUUGUGUAUUUUCUUCCUGAUCUUCUUGUAGACUUGCUCUAGGAGUACAACCAACGAACAGAUCCAUUGCAGUACCGCAGCCUACAAAUCAACCAUUUAUGUGACCAAUCAUGUCCUCAUGUAGCUAUUUUCACGCUGUUGAAACAUAAGUGUUACUCCUAUUGGAUCAACUACUGUAUGUUUUGUUAACACUUACUUUUCUCAAAUAAAGCCUUUUUAAUGCUC